AUCGAAUCACUACGAACGAGGUUAAAAUUGUAAGAGCCAGGAGCGCGCUGCUCUCUCCAGCUAUCAGCUCUGCCUAAACGGCAGUGGCUCUCUUGCCGAAUCAGUGUGCCGUGAGUUGUUCCGGGCGAGAGGAUUAAAUGCGGUAAUUUCACGUAUCGGAUCGUGGUGUUCCCGAAUUCUCGCGGGUUAAAGGACGAGGCAGACGGAACGGGGACGGCGAGAAAUCACUGGUUUUUCUUUCCUCGGCGCAAGCACUCGGACGCGCGCCACUCCUGGACUCCUUUGCAGACAUACACGUAUUUAUUAGUCCACUGCCAAAAACGGGCAGCCUGAUGACAGUGAUGAGUGUUUCUUUGCUUGUGUUCGUCAUCGUGGCCGUUGUUCGAGGCUUACGUGACUGUGACCGUGACUGCUGUGCCGCCACCACCGUGAUGUGCUUCGUAAACUCGGCCGACAAGGAGAUGCUGAGGACGUGGCAUGUGGACUCGCCUAAAUGGUGGCUCUAAGGGGUCCCAUAGGAAAGCAUGAGGGAAAGAACACCCUCUGCCGACGACACCCCGAAAAGGGCCCCACCAGCGCCACCAAGAGAAGCAGCUUCGGCAGACGUGACUGGUAGCAAGACGAGCAGCGAGGCAGUAGAGGCUUUUGGCGCAGCGAAAUUUUCCCCGGCAACGACGGCGUCGUCCAAGACGACGGCAGCGUCGUCCCCAUCGAGCGUCGACGCCAGUAUGGUCGCUUCUACACACAAUCUCGACGACCUGGGCGUGAGCCAUCCUGCCAGCGCGAAUAGCGACCGUCAGCAGCAAGAGAAGCACGGACACACUUACAGAUCCGCUCAGACAGCUCAGGAUAAAAGGAGCAGACUCAGUAACGUGAUCAAUAAUCUGAGGAAAAAGGUUCCUGACUCGAAAAACGGUGACUCGCCGAGGAAAGAGGAGGACGACAGGAACAGCGUGGAGAGAAACCUGGAAACCCUAGAAAAGUAUGUGAUGACUGUGUUGAAUGGUGUGAUCAAGGACGAGGAGGAUGACGAUAGAGAGGUAAGUAGAAAAAAGGAGACUGAGAAGGGCAAGGAGCUGAAGAAACUGGCCGAGGACCAGGAGGAUGAGGAUUUCAAUGGUCCAGCAGCCAAGUUUGAGCCUUCGAAGCCGAACGAGAGCAGGACAGAGGCUGCUGUGUUCCUGUCAGAGCAACUUGACAAGCCCGAAGCUAAGGAAUCCUCAUUGGAACGCCAAAAAGUAGAUUGCAGAACCGAGAAUUCGCUGAGGAACGAGGAAUUCGGUUAUCUAGGACUGAAAGAGAGUCAAGAGAGUCUGCCUGACGGUAUCAGUGAGGAGAAGGAGUCGUUGAAAGUCGAGACAGUGGACGAAAAAGACGUUUACCGGGGUAACAAGUGUUCUUCCAAAGAGAUAAAAUCCGAGGAACAUUCGCAAGCGGUGAAAAACGAUGGCCUGGAAGAGGAAAAGAAGGAAAAUCGCUCGCUAGGAACGAUCAUCAUGGAGAGGCUGACCGAGAAUCAGUCCGAGGAUAAGACCAACGUCGAAGCUGUUAAAGAAGACUGCAAAGAGUUCGUUCCUGAGAACGCGGAACUCCGGAAUGUAUGCAGAGACCUGCUGAAUGACCUGUUGAGCGGCAUCAAUCAACUGAUCGACGAGAACAGUCAGAGCAAAGAGGAAACGAGGAUGUUGGACAGUUCUACGGAGGAACCUAAAGAUACCAGAACUCAGGACUUCUCCAUGACGAGUCUGCACUGCAGUCUGCCCUUGGACAAAGUGGCUUCUGUAUUGCAGAAUUGUCAGACGAGCGAACUGACUGCGCCCCAGUCGCCUUCUUCGUCGUCUUCUUCCUCCCAGGGUUCGAAGUCUCCCUGUAAACCACCUUCACCCACUGUCAGGCACCUCUGCUUGUACUGUGAUCGCAAGUUCAUGUCGAUAUCUCUGAGGCAACGACACACCGAAAGGGUUCAUCAGCAGGGCGGUGGCAGGAGAUCGGAGAGGAACUCGAGGAAACCGUUACAGAACUGUCAGUAUUGCUCCGACAAAUGCGCAGAGAGCUUGGAGGGCCUGUUCCAGCACAUGGUUGGCAGCCAUGGGGACAAGUACCACGCCUGCCUGCAGUGCGCUACCAGGUACCUCACCAGGGAGGCUCUGGCGGGGCACAUGAGCGAGAAUCAUGGCGUCAAUGUGGAGAGGAACUUUCAGAUUCAGGAGAAGAUGAAGGAACCUUCCCCUUGCAAGGAACUAGGCAACCAAAGUCCCCGUGAGAGAGCAGACCCCCCAAGCUCCAAAGAGAGGAGACCUGAGGACACUGACCACGAACACCGAGCGGAGACCAUCCUCUAUCCAGCGAAGGACAACUUCAGUAACCCGGGCAGCCCUGAGUUCGACAGCUCUUUCUACAGCAGCGUGAGCUGUAAUAUCCGAGAGAACCUGCUUCAUCAUCUGGAUGGUAAACUGCAGAGCUCGUCGUCGACCGUCACGUCCAGCAGCUCGUCGAUAGUGGACGCGAAACCUCAGCAGCAACCUCAACAACAACAGCAGCAGCAAUCUUUCUACGAGCACAACGUCAACCAAAUCCAGUUCCCCAUAGACAUUUCGUUAACAGCCGCAACUCCGGUUUAUUCUAAGGACUACGGUAACGAGGAGUACGAGAACAAUAGCGAAUACGCGCAGAAACCUGGCAAGAGUAACAGAUCCCAUCAUAGAAGAGUGUCCUUCGAGAAGUACAACUUUCCCAGGAAGUAUGACGGGAAGGAGCAAUGGACUUGCUCUAUAAAGGACCUUAGUAAGUUCGAUAUCUCUACCCAAUUGUCCCUGAGGAAGAAGCAGCAGCUGCUGAAGGAGCAUCUUAGUCUAAACAGGCUGCAUCAGAUCACUCUGCUCGAAGCUUCCGAGAUUGUUCAAGACGAGCAGAAUCUUAGCUCGAGAAAUCUCGACGAGUCUGGAAACACGAAUGAGCCUUCGCUUGUCGCAAACAGCCCAGACGUUGACCAGACGUCCGGCUGUGAGGCUCCCAAGUUAACCGAGAAGAAGGUUGAUAGUUGCGAAGCAAAGUCACAUCAGGCUGCCGACUUCACUUUCGAGUUUGGCAACUUCCUCAGGCUGAGGAAAUGGGACGAGAAUACGUCGAUGGAGGCAGCCAAGAAACAGGAAGUUAUUUACGCCGAGCUGACUGGAGAGUGGUCCAGGCCGAGGGUUUACAUCUGCGGCGCCUGCGCCUCCAAACAUUUGACUCUGAAGGAAAUGGAGGACCACAAGGUGAUCACGCAUCCGAACGUCUGGUGCUCGCAUUUCGAGUUCUCCGGUGACCAGAGGGAGCUCUACAAACACCUGUUUCUACCGGGAAAGGACAUGCCCACAGCGAAAGCGAAGUCGGCCAUCUUGGUGGAGAAGGUGUGCACCAAGUGUUCCAAGAAUUGCAGCACUCUGUCAGAGUUGCACAGGCAUAUGCUAGAGUGCGGGGGAGACCAGGCCUGGUUGUUAGGACUAUUUGGAAAUGGGAAGAAGAAGUGCAAGUGGAGACCGUUUGGCAGUCGCAGUAGAAGGCGAAGGCAGCGUGGUAUGAAGAGGAACAUCCAGAAUUCGCAAACUCCGAGGGUGAACACCCCCAAAGAGAAGCAACCCACGGGGCCGAGAGUCAGGCCUAGUGACAGAGAGAGCAUACAAAAGAUGCUGGCCAAUUUACCUCCCAAGAGGGCUACCAGGAAGGUAUUGCAGGAUAAUACACUGAGGACACAGGGUAGACUACGUACCGUGCAAACCAGAACGAGACCGCGAAUGGUCGGUGACAAUUCCAGCGCCUCGCGAAUGUCCAGGAAUAAAGCUGCCCUGAGGAAUAAGCUGCUGAAGAACGCGAAGUCGAUUCAGCGGAAUCGUUGUCGAAUCGAUAACAUCUCAGCCGUGAUCGAGAGCGUGGUAAGGAACUACAGUUUGGAUGAGAAGAAGCCCGACGAAGAGAAGAACGGGAAUGGAGAAAAGACCGAGGUUGAAAAAGAGACCAAAGAGAAGCCGAUGGAAAAAUGCUACUCCGUUAAAGAAGACGGUACACCGGACGAAAGAGGUAACAGAACAAAGAUGGCGAGGGCGCCCAGAGUGCUGGGGAAAAAGAGAAAUCUCAAGACGAAGUACGGCACUAUGAAGAGUUUGGAUCAAGCGAAGAAAACGGGUAUCCUAAAGGUUAAGGCUAGGGCAGCGUUGAAGAAUCUUCCGGAGACAAAGGCAGAGGCGUCCAGCGAAGGCACGAGGGCGUUGAAAGGGAUGAAAACUCCGCCGAAAAGCGUGGAGAAGGAAGCAGAGGUGGAUGGAACAGAAGCUAGUCCAGGGGAAGCGAAAUCCCCCAGUUUGUCUGCGAAGAACAAAUCAACCACUCAAACCACCCCUAAAAGGAAGCGGCCAGUGGAUCCCGUUGCCUCCUUCAACGCUUCCCUCAAGGCCAAGUCCCAGCUGAGGACGCAGGAUGGAAAGUUCGCCAGGAACCCUAACAAGGAGCCACUGUCCCCCCUGAAAUGUCCCGAGCCCCGGUGCCCCAAGGUCAGGAGCAAUGAAACUAGUCCAGAGCCGUCUUUCACCAGGUCCAAGCUGAGGGCCAUUUCCAAGUGCAAGAACGGCGAUCAGCUGCCGAAAAGGACCACCAGGCUGUCCUCCGACAGCGACAAGAUGCCCACGUUGGAGCCCGCUGUUCAGAUGACCUCCAGUACCGAGGAAUUCCCCGAGACCACCAACGACCUGCCAAUCCUGUCCCCAGCCACGUCAGGCGCCGGUCCGGAAAAGAUGCUGCGUGGCAAAAGCCUGGUCAGCAAGUGUCUGAACCUGGACGACAAAAACAGCCCGAAGAAGGAGGAGAACCGAGAACCGGAGGCGCAAAGCGAAGCUGGUAGCAGCGUGCAGCAGGAUGACAGGGAUCAGAAGCCUGGCAAAGGCAGGCGAUCGAAAAGCGACUCGAAGAAUUUCGAUAAAAACGCAGAAAAUGUGGUUACAAAGACUGAUGCCCCUAAAGAAGGAGCUAAAGGAGUGGUUAAGGAGAAAUUCAAGAGAAAAAGUGUACCUGCGAGAAUGUUAAACGUCGAAGAGAAGAGAGGCACGCUGAAGAGCCCAGAAGAGGCGUGUGCGAGGAAAGACGCGAGGCAGAAGAAGGAAGAGGGAAAGUUGGAGACCAGGAGCAACGCUAAGACAAAGCUGGAGAGAAUAUUGGACGAUGACGGUCCAAUAAAGAUCCAGAACGUGCCGUUCGAGGUGAAGAAGCUGAUAGGAUCGGAUAGCAGGGACGAGCUGCUAACUAAGUUGGUCCUCACUUCCAGGGGCAGUACUUCCAGGCGGUGUCUCAGGCAGCCUGUGCCUAGAUUCGCGUUCGAGCAGAGCAAGGGUAAACUGCGGAGGGAUCUGGAGACGGAGAAGGGGAAACAGGACUCGGGAUUGAUACCUGAGGUCUCCUCGAAGAAGAAGUUCGAUGCUAGGAGGAAGUCGCUGAGAAACACGUAUAAGAAGGACAGGCUGGCGUCGAAGGAUGACAAGGUGGUGCUGAUGGAGACGAACAAGAUCAGAGAUGCUGUGAACGAGGUGAAAACGGCAGUCAGGGGACGGAGGAGCAGUAGUCAGUGCAGUGAGAGUAAAUCGGUGACCAGUUCCAAUCAGGUGUCAUCGUCGGAUGGUCAGACCAAGUCGGAGACCGAGCUGACAGCUCAGAAUACCGACAAGAGGCAGACCAGGGGUUCGUUGUUGAACUCCACCGAGGAGGAGACUCAGAACGAGCCUGCUGAGGUGACCUUGAAGAAGAACACGCUUGGGAAGAGACGCGGCAGAAUCAAAUCCAGCAACGACACGGUUGACAAGAAGAACACCGAGGUGACCCAGGCAAAGGGCGAGGAAGCCGAGAAAAAUAACUGCAACGAGCUGGUCGAUAAGGCUAAAUCGGUGGAUCAGAGCGAAGCGAGCUGCGAUGACAAAGGAGACGCGUCAGCGGGAGAAAUUAGAGACGAGAGACAAGGAGGAAGCGAGAAGGUGUCAAAGAGCGAGAAAGAGCAGCACAAAACUGAUACUUCGGGAAAGACUGAAGCGACCAAAAUAAACGAGAAUUUGAAUCAUUUGCAGGUGGAAACGAGCAACUCUAUGGACAGUGGGAAGGAGAACACGUUGGAGAGACCCGCGCCUGUCCAGAAGUUGAAAGUUGGCAGACCCAGAAAGUCUUGGGGACCUAAGAAAGAGAGGGCGUCUAAGAGGUCCUUGAAUAACGUGAUUGGCAUCCUCACGGAGGGAAUGAACAUACCUCAGGAGACUCAGCAAAGUGUCCUAAAUGUCCAGGUAACCCUGAGCAACGUAGACUCUGGCGAGCCUCCCCAGAGUGGCACUCAGCAGCCUGAUAACGAAGCUAUUAGGUCGCAGAACGUUGAUAUCCCCAAAAACACUGUAGAACCAUCCAACAACCCUGAUCAGUCGGACAAGAAAACGAAUUGCAUAGAAAAUACCUCGCAGGAAGAUCCGAAGCAACUCGAGGCAUCAGAGGAGACACCUUCCAGUGAUCAGAACGCUGAGAAGCCUGAAGAAAGCAGCGAAAAGCUCGAGGUUUCCUCCAAAGACUCCAAAGAACAGUCACCAGCUAAUGACAUCAUCCUAGACUUGUCCAGGAGGAAACAAAAAGGCAAAGGAUCAUUUUUGGAGAAGAUUGUGUCAAAGAUAGCUAAACAAAAGGACGCUUUGUUGGAAGGGGAGGUUGGCUCUCUGUUGGAUACAGCUGCUGAUGAACUCACCAGUAUUCUGGACGAAGUUGGGCCUGGUUUCCCAGAGAACGCGGAGAAUCCAAGCGAAACCAAGGACAGGAUGAGAACAGAGAAGAAGGUUGAAGAUAAACAAGAUGUUGAAGAAUCCACCGAUGACACUCGACAGGAUGUCAACGUUGAUAGCGAGGAAACAGAGGUAAUCCCAGAGAAGGUGCUUCCCGAGGAAUUGGAGAAUAACGUAGAGAAGCCUAGCCAAGAAGAGAAAGUGCCCAGUCCAGAAAUUGUCAAGUCCCAAGAUGACACUGCGUUGCCAAAUGAAGAUCCUGACAUCAAGGAAAUUCCUUCUUUGGCAGAGAAGGAAGCUCGCACCGAUUCCUCCUCGCCGAGAAUUCAAGAAGAAGUCGUUUCUGUCGAGACCAGUCCUGUUCUAAAUGAAAUUCAAUUACCUGUCAUAGAAAAUGUUUCGAAACCUUCGGUAAUUAACACCGCAGACGCGUCUUUGUUAAAAAUGGGAGAGGAACCGACGAGAAAGCGCGAAGAGGUAGUGGAAGAAGUAAAAAUCAAAAGGAGAUCGAAGAAACGGUCAUUGGAAGGGAAACCCCUCAGGAAGAACAAGAGAAAAUCUAUCGAACCGCUGAAUAAUUCCGAAGAGAAUCUGAUCUCCGAGGAUCUGUAUCUGGCCGACGUGAUGAAACAAAUUGAAAAAUCAAAACAAGUGCCUUCUAUCAAAGAAAAUAUUCAGACCAAUUUGUCUUUCGAAACUAACGCGGACAAAGUGCAGUCUGAUAGAAAUAAGGGUGUCAGUGAGGAACCCGAAGCAAAGAAUCCGACUGACAACAAAGUCGCGGAUAAUGAUAAAAUAAAUGAAAAUUCCGAUGAAAAUAAGCAGGAAUCCAAAAUUGAUUCUGAGAAAGACGAAAGCGAAGAUGUAAAGACAAACGAGAAAGCAGAAGAGAUUAUUCAAGCUGUAGGUAUAACGAAGAGCAAAGAAGAAGUUGAAAUAAAUAAUGAGGAAAAGAGCUCUUUGUCCUUAAGGAUAUCUGGAAAGAGAAAAUCCUAUGUAGAAAUCCCGGUUCAGACUGAACAUCCAAUCAAGAGAUCCUACAAGAGGAAAUCACUGCAAGAGGAGAAGGUAAGUCAGCUUUCCGAAGAGGAGACAGUGUCCAAAAUGGAUUCCGUUGAAGCAAAGGAGCAUCCUGUGGGCGCGGUGACGUCUGAGAAUAUUAAAGGACGAGGAAGAAGAAGGUCUUUCAGAACGAAAUCCGUGGUUCAACCCAAGAACGAGGAAAAGCCUCAAAAGGAAAUUGAAAAUAACCCUGUCAUCAGUAUUAAUAACGUCGCUUCAACUAAAAAUGUUGAAUCACCCUCGGAAAAGUGUCCUGAAAAAUCUGAAACUGCGAACGAUGAGACUCCAGAGCAAACGACUUCGUUGGAUAAUCCGAAAAAGUCAGAAGCAAUUCCAGAAAACGUUUCCUUGGAGAACGCAGAGACUCAAAUAACAAACAAAGAGAAAGUCGCUGAAAAUCCUCCAGCAAUCGAGCCAGAGAAGGUUGAACAGCCCCCAGUUGCACCCAAAGUACCAAAAAAGCGCGGGAGGAAGAAGAAAUGCUUGGUAGACCAAACGCAGGCACAAGGCUCUUCUCAAGAAAAUAAUUGCGUUACAGGACACGAAUCAGUCACGACAUAUCAGCUUCCCCCAAGAAGAUCGCUAAGAACGUGCAGAUUCAACGAGGAGCUCGAGAACCAGAGCAAGAACUUCAACAGUCUGACUAAUCCUCAGGUAUCUUCGCAAAACUUGGAGCAGUUCAAGGUUCCAGAGGUGAGCGAGGUUCUGCAACACACGAAGAAAAGAACCUACAAGAGAAGAUCGACUACCGACGAGAACUCGGACACCCAGAACAGUUACACUCCAACGGAGCCCGAAGUGAACAGCGUGGAAUCUCCGGAGCCAAGCAAGAGCUUGGAAAAGGAGGAACAGCAAGAAAACUCUUAUCAGAAAAAUUGCUCCGAAGGUCGAAAACGUUUCUCCCGAAGUUCCACUCGCAAGCAAUCGGAUCUUGAGAGAUCGAGUUCCUCUGGCUCCAUUGGUUUGACCCAGAUUAAUAGAACGAGAUCAUCGAAGAGGAAGCAGUUCACCUCGGAGGACCUGUCAGGCCGUGAGAGCCUGAACCAACGAGCCGAGAGUACGGAUAAUCUGUCAGAGACAUCGUGCGUGAGUGAGUCCAGCUACUUCAGGAAGAAACGCUUCUCUAAGAAGAAGAAGGAACUUCAGAAGACAUCGGAAAACGUGCAGACGUCCGUCACCGACCUAGACUCUGCCAAUACGGAGAAGAGCACGGAUAGAAGGCAGAGCUUGAACAGGAGGGCGAAGAAAAAUAUAUCCUUCUUCGCGGAAUUCUAUCUGAUGGACGAAUUCGACAUUUCAAUGGACAUCCAAGAUUGCGCGCCUCAAAAGGACAACACUGCAAGGGACAGUGCCAGUCCGAAAUUGACAGCCGAGUUGCCAGCCGCGGAGGACAAACUGGAAGAAGCUAGCUCGACUGAAGUUUGUAAUCAGAAACCAGAGGAGGACGUUGGAAAGCAGGACGAAGAACUACCCGAAGCUCUGAAGAAGUUCGAUAUAGAGUUCGAAGGGGAAGAUGUGGAAGAUGUGUUGAAAUUGGAUAUGAAGUUGGACAGUUUGUUACAGGUCCAAGACGAUUUCAAGCUGUCAACUGUGGAGGAUAAGCUGGCUGAAGAAGCUGCUUCGAAUGAAAUGUUUAAUGAACAGCCUGAAGAGGAAGCUACGAAGCCAGACGAGGAAGUAGCUGAAGCUUUAAACAAAUUUGACAUAGGGUUUGAAGAAGUUGACGAGGAACCUAAACUGCCAACUGUGGAGGAUCAGCUGAACGACGAAGUUAGCUCGAAUGAAAUAUUCGAUCAACAGCCUGAAGAAGAUGCUACGGAAAAGAACGAAGAAGUAGCCGAAGCUUUCAAAAAAUUAGAUAUAGAGGCUGAAGAGGAAGAGAAGGUCGACGAGGAACCUAAGCUACAAGCUGUGGAAGAUAAACUGACGAAGGAAGCUGAUUUGACUGAAAUUUUUAAUCAAGAAACGGAAGAGGACGCGACUAAACAGGACGAUGAGCUGCCUGAAGCUCUGAAGAAGUACGAUAUAGAGUUCGAGGAGGACGACGAUGACGAGGACGAACUGAAAUUGGACAUGAAGCUUGACAGCUUCCUGCAAACUCAAGACGACUUUCAGGCUCCAAAGAAGAGGACAGCUGGUAAUUACGUGGUGGUUCAUAAGACAACAGGGGAAAUCCUGAUCGUGGAAAAGAGGAAAAAAUUGACGAAAGAGGCUGCCAAGUUUUUCUGCGAUGUCUGCACUACCAGCUUCACCAGGAAGAGUUCUCUGAAGAAGCAUAACCAGUCUCAAUCGCAUUUAAUCCAAAUGGCCAAGUCCAAGAAGGAUAAGACGUCUGUAGGGGACUGUGAGAACAUGGAUGACACUUGCAGCAUUGGUCAGAAUGAUAUUUCCAGCGACGAAAACAGAAGCUUAACCGAUGAGGUAAUGAACGUGUCCAUAGACUCCAAGGAUGAACAUAAAGAGGUGGAUUCCUCGGCAUCCAGCAUUAAUCAGAAGGAACUAGAACCAGUCCAGAACGAUCUUUGUUUCACUAGCCCGCUACAGCAGGACUCCUUGAUGGAUGCUCAGUCUACUCAUCAGCAUAUCCUCGAAGACGAAUUGUUGGACGAGGAAAUUUGCAAGAUCACCGAAAAUAUGAGCCACGAUGAAUAUGUUCUGACAGAUCAAGUGAGUCCCGAGCCAGAAUCCACGUCCACGCCUAUAAAAAUGGACACCAAGAAGCUGGAGGAAAUUGGAAAGAAGAGCGCGAGGAAACACGAGAAGAAGAAGGAAAAGUCGAAGAAGAAGAACCUAAUCGAUAAGCAAAUCAUCCUGGACAGUCCUGAGUUGCAAACCUCUACAGACUCAACGUUGGUAACUGUUCUAAAUUCGAAUAUGUCUAUUAAAAUUUCAAAGGUCCCACACUCGAAUAUCCCAGAGCCUAACGCAGACAAGGGUAUUUUAAAUGAUUCACUUGUAGAUUCUGGUGCGAGCAAUAUAGAACUAGCAGCGGAUAUUUCCGAAGCGAAAGAAAAUAGCUUCCAAGCGGACUGUUCAGAGUGUGUUCCAAGGCUGCAAGGAAGCCAGGACGUGGACAUGGAAGUGGAGGAUGCUCUGCGGACGGAGAUAAACAAAAUCGUAGAAGACGAUAGCAUAUACAAAUUAGAUUCCGAGGACAAGACUGAGAAUUUUUCAAGAGUUAGGUUAAACGAUAAAGACAGCGAGGAAAGUCAGCCUCACGAACGUUUGAGCUUGAAGUUCACCAUAAAUAAACGUAGUAUAGAAGCUUGUAAGGAAGUCGAUAAGAACAAUAGUAAUUUCCAAGUAAGUUAUUCGAGCACGCUCGAAAGAGGAUCCGAGAGCAUUAAUUGCAAUUCUGAGAAUGAUUAUGAGAAUAUAUGCGGCGUACAAGUUGAACCCCUCGAACAAUGGAGCUAUUCUAAAUUAGAAAUUGAUGAAUUUAAUCAAGACUCGAGUCCCAAUUUACUCGAUAGCAAAGAAAGUAGGAGUCCGGAAGACGUCAAAGAACUGGAAGUUUCCAAAGUACAAAACCUUGCUGAAGAAAGUAUGAAAGAGAGUCAUAUGGAGCUGGAUGACGAAAGUGAUCAGCAAACUCCUGUCAUCGACGAUAGAGUUCAAAACGAGAGACAGAACGAACCAGUGAAACGUCAUGGAAAAUCAAGGAGAGGCAGAACCAAAAGACACCUAGAAGAGGUUGAGAAUGGCUCAGAGAAUAGAAUAACGAGUAAUCAAAAAUCAGUUGACUGUUCUGAAACAUUUAGUAUGAACGAAAAGUUAGAGUGUUCGAAUGAGAAUGACAAUGAUAAUGAUAAUGAUAAUGAGAAUGAGAAUGAGAAUGAAAAUGAUUCUAACAGAUCAGAAAUUAUAGAUGAACCAGAGAUGAGGAAGUUUUCUGAGUCUUUGGAGGAGACUGUCAACUUGGAACAUUCAGAACAUUCUGGACAGGAACAUUUCUCUUCUGACGAGAGGACCGAGUCAUCGGAGGAAAAGAUCGAGUCGUUCCAUUCUAUGGACGACGACGAAGCCUCGUCAUCGUCCAGUCUAGCAGACAAACCUUUGUCACAGAUCCUAUUAGAGAGAGAGGAGAAGCUGGAAGCGUACAAGAAUCAGAUAAAGGAACGAGAGUCUUCCACGCCGAAGGAUCCCGACGAUGAACGGAACCCCGAGGAGGAAUCGGGGAUGAACAAUAUCUACUCUGAAGCCAACGAAUGUGAUAUCGACGAGAAUUCUUUAGACGCUAACGAAUCAAUUGACACUCGGAAGUUCGAUGACAAGAAGUUGACGGACGAUGAGCAGGCUGAACUGCAGAUCGCGUCGGAGGAAGAAUGCUCGAACGAGGAAGAAAGCUCGAAGACGAUGAGAGACUGUGACAAAUACUCCAAGAUCUCGUCGGAGUCUGACAACAGCGAAGCAAUCCCGCCGGUAAAGAAUGUUUCAACUGACAAAGAGUCUCGAGACACGAUAGAGCCGAAAGUAGUCAGCAGUAGCCGCAAAUCGAGCACCAGUGAUCGUCAGAGUUCGAGCAAGAAGGUGUCGAGGAGUCACAAAAGUUCGAAUAAAGACAGCCAUAAGAGAUCGAGGAGUAAGAAGAACUCUAUAAGAGCCGAAAUCGCUAUUCUAACCAGCGAGAGCGAUGACAGCGAGAACGAGGACAAAAUCGAGUCUCAGAAUAAGAGCAAGAUAGUGAAAAGCGUGUUUGGCAGAGUUUUCGGCGGCGAGAAGACGGAUAAAGUGAAAGAAGUGCUAAAUGACUGGGUAUCCAAAUCGGAGGAUGAUUCAGACGUCUCUAGGACAGGCUUCAGAUCUUCCAGCUCCAACGAAGUGAAGAUUAAAGAACACUCGGUUGAUAAGAACGCGAAGAGACACUCGGUUUCGUCGUCCAUACCUUCUAGUCCUAAGAAACGUUCCGGGAAGAGGUCAAAGAAAAGCUGCUCCUCGGACAGAGCCAAAGAGAAGAACCUAAUCUACGAGAACCAGGGCGAGCAUCGUUCUGGAAAACACGCCAAGUCGAAGAACAGCUCUAACCGGAAGAAGUACGACACAGACGCGUCGAACGGCUGUUUCCUGUUCCUACCAUCGACCAAGUGCAGACUGAGCAAAAAGAGGGCGGAAGAAUUAAUCUCCAGGACCUUCGAGGACGAUUUCUUCGACAGCAACGUGAACAAGAGUCAGAGAUCAUUGAAACACAAGGAACCAAACUAUGGGCUGAGAAAUCAAGGCAAACCUGACCUGUCCAUCAAGGAUAGUGGAUAUGGAUCCUUCAACUACGACGAGGAUUCUUCCAAAAUGGGUCUCUUGGAGAACUCGAUGGAAGAUGAUCAAAGAACUGGCAAGAGGAGAAAAUUAUCGUCUUCUAGAAAGAGCAAAGACAAAAACAACGAGGAGACUUGGAAGGAUCCGAUGACGGAUAAAAAGGCUUCAAAGAAUUCCAAAGAGUCGGGCAACGAGGACAGUUUGAACAAGGAUCUUCCUGAAAGGGAACCCCUAGCUAACAGACUCUCGGUCGACCUUGAAUCUUCCCAUAGCUGCAGCAGCCUGGCACCCAGUAGCGUGAGGAAUAGGUCUCCAAGCAUGGACAGAAACUCGCAGACCACCAGGGACACUGACAUAAACGAUGAGGAUGGUGAGGACAUGGGUCACCGACGGAUAUCCCCUUUGUUCAUCUGCGGAACACCCAGGAGCUACGCGGAGGACAGCUCUAACAGUGAAAACGAAGAGGAAGAUGAGAACUUGACUGUCAACGAAACUGCGAGUAGGAAGAGGAGUUCCAGCGAGUUCUCUGGUGAGAAAAUCGUGAUUAGGUCGCCUUCUUCGACCCACAAAGGCGAAGUGGUCACCAUUGCACCAACUGACGCCAUUGAGGACAAUGCCUUGGACGUGCCGCAAGAGAUAGAGGCAACGAAACCUAGACAGGGCAAAGUUCUGAACUUCGACGAGGAGCUGUUUGUUGAGUGUUGCUCUAGGUUGAAAGCCACCACUGAGAACGAGCUCAGAGGUGCUAAGAAGAUCAAGUUGGAUCAUAAUGAGGGUUAUCAUAAGAAGGAUGAUCAACAGCAAGGGUUUAGGGGACCCAGGGAUCGAUGGAGGGAUGUGGAGAGCCAAAAUAGUCUGGGAAGUCUGUUGGAGUCCGUAAACCAGUUACUGGGCGAGGAGGUGUACAGUACCAGGGAAAGGGAUUACCCGAAACGGGGCGGUAGAAAUCCGAGAAGCGAACACUCCAGCAGAUCGGUCAGCCCUGACAUAUCCAAAGCCGACAACCUGGGCUACGAGGAUAGUCUGGAUGUUGCGUUCGAGCAUAACAACAAGCUCAGGGACAAGAUCCAGCAGCGCAUGAGGGAGAGCGAAAGUCUGAUAGCCAGCACGUUCAGCCAGAAGAACAGCAAUGACAUUGUGCGUGGGCAUCAUCCUUCCAAGAAUAACGAACGGGACACCCUGAGAAAUUCAUAUUCUAAUCUCCAGGGUCAGAGACACCUGUCGAGUGCAAAUCUGUCGAACGGGGGCUACAAUGACUCUGUACAUGUCGGGGAACUGCGGGAAGAACAGGCCACUGGGAAGAUGAACCUAGAUUCCUCGAGUCUGAAGGGCAAAAUGAACUCGUCAUUGGGUGGUUUACUAGACAAGGCAUUGUCCAACUUACUGCAUAGCAAUGAAAAGCAUGAUCACAAUGGAUCCACGCCAAUGAAAGUUCUGGCAGAGCUGGCAUGUGCACGAGCCCCAACAUCCACAGCUGGGGAACAAGUAUCCCAGGAAGUGAUGCAACCCGUGAAGACUUCUUUAAAUAAAGAUUCACCACCAAGCGCGAGUUCCUUAGCCAUGCCCAAAGAGGUGCAGAAAAAAUCUAGAAACCCUAUCAAGGAACUUUUCGAGAGGAAGAAGGAGAUGAACGAAAGGAAACAACAGGAAAAGUCGAAGACAGAGGCAGCCCUUCGAGAACUAAAUGCACACAGACAACGUAAAACUAAGAAGACCAAGAAGCACCAGGACUUCCCUCUGAUCCGUCGUAACGAACAUGGAGGUCUAGUCGAAAGGAAGAAACGUCGUGAUGGAUUUGAAAGAAAAGAGGAAUUCGUUUCAAAUAGGAUUAAAGACGUGUAUGAGUUCGACGAGGAAGAGAGUCAAAUAGAACCUAAUUUGCGCAGUGUUUUGUCUUACAGGAGCAAACCAGGCUAUGAAGUUAGCUGUUUGAAGACUAAAGAGGUGGAUGUGGCUAGAUUAAUGUCCAAAGCCAUUGGAGAUAGUUUAGAGAAUGGGAAAGCUGGCGAUGCCUUGAGUACCAGAUUGGAGUCCAUAAUCGACCGGAAGUUGAAGGAACUGGAGAAAUUUGCUCCAAAAACCAAGGGUGCUUUGAAGGCCUUUCAGGGAGAAGAGCAACAACGACAUGUCACUGGACCUAUGGACGAGUUUGUAGAAAGGAAGCAGACAAAAGGCAAAAGAACCAUGGAGCCAUCUUUGAAACAUUCGAAGCUGAAAAAGCGUACCAAAAAUCCUAAGAAGAAGACUAGAAACGCUUGGUACGAGAACGACAGCUCUGAUGAGUACAGAACUGUAGUAAAGACUGAGGAUGUGGGUGUAGGUAUAUCAAAGAGUCAGAGAACAUGCUCGAAGGGAAAACAGAAUAUUUUUGCAGAGUUGUACACUUCGUCGGAAAGUGAGUUUGAGGAUGGAGAUGUGAACUAUGAGUCCAGAAGGCAGAGAAAAGUACAGAACAGCAAACCGGCAACAGAAUUAGAAAACGUGGAACAGAAUGAAGAAUUGGUUAAUAAGUAUUCUUCCGAUAACGAAGAUCACGUAGACGAUUGGAGCAAUCAGAGUUCGAAAAAUGACGUUACUAAGCAUGAUUGUGAUAACAAGAAAUCCGAAUCGGAGAUGUCAGAUCAUCCUUUGGUUAUCGAUGAAAAGAAAGACGUGGACGAACAAAGAAACAGUGACGAUGAAACUGAAAAUCAGUAUGAACGGAACUAUGAAAUGGAUGAUUUAUAUAGAGAAGACAGCUCCAUCGUCGAUUCAGACGCAGAAGAGCCAGUAUCUACAGAAGCACCAAAAGCUCCAGAAGAGUUCAGGGCAAAAAGUCCAAGCUUGCCGCGAGAAAAGACUGAUAUUAAAACAAACUACAUACGAGAGAACGAAUUGAUUCCACUAGAGGAAGCUCUAGAUCUUCUAGAUCAAGCUGACAAUGAAGGUAUUUUAGAGACAAACUAUGAUAACAUAACUAGAACCAUCCAGCCUGUAGAGCAUUUGAACACAGUGAUAACAACAGAACCUGAGAAGGAAACAUUCGAUCCUAUCGAGGAAUCAAUAACAAAGUCUCCUACUCCUACAGAGGAACAGGAAGAGGAACCUGAUAAUGAUCUCUUAGCCUUACCAGAAAAAUUGUCGAGUAAUGAGAAACCGUUAAAAGAAUCUGAAAAUCUUCCCCUGCAUGUGUUUCUGAGUAGAAAGGUGCAAGAGUCGAAAAAGAGAAAGGAACAACAAUUGAAGAAAAUACAGGAAGAGCAACAAAGGAUACUGAUGGACUUUCAGCCUACUAGAAGACAAAGAAAAUGCGCUAUUGGAAAACAGGGACUGCUGGCAGAAAUAAGUAGUUCUGACGAAGAAAUAAGUCCAAGAGAUAGGAGAGUCAGUGAAAAGUCGGAUCACGAUAAAGCAAGAAAACAAAAGAGGGAAUCAAAGGAGAAAAGGAAAGAAAGAUAUAUAGAGAAGAAACAUGAACAGAUGAUAGCCAAAGAACAAAAAGCCAUCGAGGAAGAAAUUCUCAGGGAGAUUGGGAAAAAGAAAGAAUCUUUUGGACAAAAUAUCGAGGAUGUCAGGGCGGACGUCAUUGAUACAAAGGAAUCAGAGAAUGCAGAAGCAGUAGAGAACAAAGUGUCACAAGAAUCAGCAAAAAAAAAGAAGCAUCAACCUAAAGAGAAACAAAAAAAACAGAACAAAACAGAUGGAGACGUUUAUAUCAAGAACAACCACGAAGGACUGAGUGAUUUAGAGAACAACUACAACAAAUCCACGCUGUUGGAAAUCAGUCACGAAAGCGAGAAUAACCAGGAAUCUUCUAUAAAGCAGAAGAAACACUGUAAGUCUCCAAUAAAACCAAAAAAGACUCUAAAAUCAGACCAGAAAGUUACGGCAGGUAAAAGAAGCAAAAGUUCGAACGUUGAUAAGAAGAACAAAACAGAUUCAAAGGGAUCAAAGGACAAAGAACGUAGGUCGUCUAGUGGCAAACGAGAUUCUGAUGACGAGGAGCUAAAGACGACCAAGUCUUGGAAUAAAGUUGAAGAAGGAGUCGGAGUGGCAAUUGGUCGACGGAAACGAGCAGCUGCUAAUCAAUUGUAUUAUUGGUCCAGUUCAAGCGAUGAAGAGGAAAUGCUGGAAGUGGUCCCGGCAGUCGAGGAGGAGGAAGACGAUCGUCAAGAACAACAUGGCUGGAUUGUUGGUGAUUCUCACAAGAGAAUGAUCACUAUGCUCGCUAUGGAGAAACAGCUGAAAGAGAAACGACGAAGAAGCGAAGAUGAAUUUGAACCUGGCAGGUCGAAGAGUAAAAAACACAGAAACAGUACCUCUUGAUACGUAUUUCACGACUAAUUUCGUCGAAAUGAUUAGGAAAAAAUUCGUGUUAUAGGGACAGAUAUUGUGACUAGGUACCUCAAACUGAUUAGAAAUAUGUUGAUGAAUGCAGAGUGCUUUUUCUAAAAUCCGGGACAUAACUGGAUAACUCGUAGAAUUUGAAUGACAGUAUAAGAACUGCAAUUCAUGAUACAUGAUGGUUUGUAACUAGAGUUAUCGCAGUAAU